CGAACGAUACGAAACACGACAGCCCCCGUUUCCUUGCACACAGCCAACGGUACUCUGCCAUGAUACGCCUUUUCGUCGGCAACAGUGGCCUCCGGAACCAGCUCCCGCCGACCCGCCGCAGCGCCGCCUCCCCGGGGAGCGUCCUCCGGGCCUGCUUCUCGUCCAAACCAGGGGAGGAUCCCCCCGCCAGGGGAACCCCCUACUCCAAGCUGACGGUCGGGAUCCCCAAGGAGCGCUUCCCGCUCGAAAAGCGCGUCGCCGCCACCCCCGAGUCGGUCAAGAGGCUCGCCAAGCCGGGGUUCACCGUGCUGGUGGAAGACGGCGCGGGGGAAUCCGCCUACUUCUCCAACGCCGACUACGAAUCCGCGGGCGCGACCAUCGUGUCCGGGGGCUCUGCGGCGGAGGACGUCUGGAAGCAAUCGGACAUCGUCCUCAAGCUGCGGCCGCCGACGGCCGAGCAGAUGGACCUGCUGGACUCGUCCAAGACGCUCUUUUCCUUUUUGUACCCCCGCCAGAACGAGGAAAUCCUGAAGCAGCUGCAGGACAAGGGAACGACGGCCUUUGCCAUGGACAUGAUCCCGAGGACCCUGUCGAGGGGACAGACCUACGACGCUCUUUCGGUGAGUUCGGUGCUAUCUGGUUCGGCGUGCACGAUGCUUUGCUGUUCGCUGUUCUGCUCUGUUCUCUUCUUUGUUAUGCUCCAUCUCAUCAAACUCUAUUGUUUCGAUACUAUUCGCCACCUUUGUCCAAACAACAACCAACAUUUAAAAAAAACAAUCAAAUAAAACAAUGAAUUGAAAAAAUUCAAUCGCAAUCUGCCCGCAUCAUCAAACCAAUGAUGAAAACGAUCGCAACUGCCACGACCGAAAACCACAGAGCCAAGCCAACAUUUCCGGAUACCGGGCCGUCCUUGAGGCGUCCAAUGAAUUCGGCCGAUUCUUCGCCGGACAGAUGACGGCGGCCGGAAAGGUCCCCCCGGCCAAGGUUUUGGUUCUGGGAACGGGAGUGGCCGGGCUGGCGGCCGUGCAAACCGCGAAAAACAUGGGAGCCAUCGUCCGGGCCUUUGACGUUCGUCCCGUCACCAAGGAACAGGUCGAAGCGAUGGGAGGCCAGUUCCUCGAGGUCGACUUCGAGGAGGACGGGUCCGGAGCCGGCGGAUACGCCAAGGAAAUGUCUGCCGAGUGGCACGCAGCCGCCCGAGAAAUGCUCACCAAGCAGUGUGAGGAGGUGGACAUUGUCAUCACCACGGCACUCAUUCCAGGCCGCAAGGCACCCAUCAUGGUCACCAAGGAAAUGGUCUCCAAGAUGAAAUCGGGAUCCGUCACGGUGGAUCUAGCCGCAGAAGCCGGUGGGAACGUUGAGACGACCGUCGCGGACCAGAAAAUCGUCACGGACAACGGGGUAACCUGCAUCGGUUACACCGAUUUGCCAUCGCGGCUUCCCACCACUUCGUCCUCCCUCUACGCCAACAACAUCUCCAAGCUGCUCCUCAGCGCGGGACCACAAACCACCAAGGUCCCCGAAUACUUCUACAUCGAUCACGACGAUGAGGCCAUCCGUGGGAUGCUCGUCGUCGAAAAGGGCAAGCUCAUGUUCCCUCCCCCGGCCCCGGCUCCUCCACCGGUGGUAGAGAAAAAGGCGGAAGAAGAGGUGGUAGUCCCCGAAAUCGACUACAAGAAGGAAUACCUGGACGGCGCCAAGCAGGCCGCCUACGUGUCCACGAGCAUCCUGGCGCUUGGCGCGGUUGCCCCGAACGCUGCCUUUUCCAACAUGUUCACCACCUUUUGGCUGUCGAACGUCAUCGGAGCCCAGGUAGUCAUGGGAGUCGCCCACGCACUCCAUUCACCACUCAUGGCCGUCACGAACGCCAUUUCCGGAACCACAGCCCUGGGUGGAAUGCACCUGAUCGCCCACAGCACCAGCCCGACCGCUACGUUGUUAGGAGCCACCGCCACUACCCUCAGUACCGUCAACAUUGUCGGGGGAUUCAUCAUCACCUCCAAGAUGCUCGACAUGUUCAAGAGGCCCGAUGAUCCACCCGAAUACUACAACUAUUACACGUACCCCACGCUGGGAGUCCUGGGUCUGUACGGAGCCGGAACCAUGUCCGGUAAGUUCCCCGAAAUCGACACGGCCGCGUCCACUCUUGCCUCCCUCCUGUGCAUUGGAGGAAUCGGUGGCCUGGCCUCCCAAUCGACGGCCCGUCUUGGUGCCGUCUCGGGACAGGCCGGGGUCGCCCUGGGAAUCGCCUCCACCUUUGGACACCUGCAUCCGUCCUUUGGCACGACGGCCUCGCUCGUCGGACUGAUGGGAGUCGGAGGCGUUGCCGGCCAGGCCAUCGCCCAGAGGGUCGAGCUGACCUCCCUCCCCCAGACCGUCGCCGCCUUUCACUCGCUGGUCGGGGUUGCGGCAUCGGCGGCCGCCAUUGGCGACUACAUCAACUCGGACUUUGCCGGACUCGACGGCUUCCACAUGUCCAGCAUCUACCUGGCCACCGUCAUCGGAUCCGUGACCACCACCGGAUCCCUGGUGGCCUUUGGAAAGCUCGACGGCCGCAUGGAUUCGGCUCCCCUCAAGCUGGAACACCGCGACAAGAUCAACGCGGGACUCGGAGCCGCGACCGUGGGAGCCGGGGCCCUGUUUGCUGGAGCUUCUGGUCCGGGCGUCGGAGUCGCGGCCCUGACCGGUGCCCUCGGUACCAGCGGAGCCCUUGGAUGGCACAUGACAGCCUCCAUCGGCGGAGCCGACAUGCCCGUGGUCAUUACUGUCCUCAACUCGUACUCCGGAUGGGCCCUCUGCGCCGAGGGAUUCAUGCUUGACAUGCCCAUCAUGACCACCGUGGGAGCCCUGAUUGGCUGCUCCGGAGCCGCCCUCACCAAGAUCAUGUGCGACGCCAUGAACCGUGACAUUGCCAGCGUCAUCCUAGGAGGCUACGGAACCAAGGCCACCGGAAGCGGAGAGGCGGUCCAGUUCGAGGGAGAAACCACCAUGACCAACGUCGAGGACACGGUCCAGCUCCUCAGCGACGCCGAGAGCAUCAUCAUCGUCCCCGGAUACGGGCUGGCGGUCGCCAAGGCCCAGUACCCGCUGCAGGAACUCGCCGACACCCUCAUCAAGAACGGAAAGUCGGUCCGCUUUGCCAUCCACCCCGUCGCCGGCCGCAUGCCCGGCCAGCUGAACGUCCUCCUGGCCGAGGCCGGGGUCCCCUACGACAUUGUCGAAGAACUCGAGGAGAUCAACGACGACUUUUCCGACGCCGACGUCACGCUGGUCAUCGGGGCCAACGACACGGUCAACUCGGCGGCCGAGGACGACCCCAACUCGCAGAUCGCCGGCAUGCCCGUCCUCCGGGUCUGGAACUCCAAGCAGGUCAUCGUCAUGAAGCGGUCCCUGGCCGCCGGAUACGCGGGGGUCGACAACCCGGUCUUCAUCAAGGAUAACACCGACAUGCUCCUGGGAGACGCCAAGGACACGGUGGAACAGCUGGCCAGCGGAGUCAAGGGAAUCUACGGAAAGUAGAAAUCCUUCCCUGCGUGCUUUGCCUUGGAACCCGUUUUUUGCGAUGCGACGCAAACCCUCGUGCUUGCAGCAAAAGGGAUUUCGUAGAGGAAAGAGAUUCUAGAAUAUACUGAGCAAGCAUUG